CUCUCUCUUCUUUCCCUUUCUCACUCACUAGUAGCUUAAAAGCACAGCACCACCGCCCCUCACGCUUCCUUUUCCUCUCUCAUAGGGUUCUGCAUUCCAAUCUCUCUCCCUCAUUUUGCUUUUCUCAGCCCCUCUGCAACUCCACAAGAGUAUAUGGUUGUUCGGAUAUUUGCUUGAGGAGGAGGAGGAGGAUACAGAGUGAAAAUGUCAGCCAGGGGAGGGUCGUCGCAGCAGAAUCCACAGCUGCAGCGGCGGAUUACGCGCACUCAGACGGUGGGGAAUCUCGGGGAGUCUGUGUUUGACAGUGAAGUAGUGCCGUCGUCUCUGGUUGAAAUUGCUCCCAUUCUUCGAGUUGCCAAUGAAGUGGAGCCUAGCAACCCGCGUGUCGCCUACCUCUGUAGGUUUUAUGCUUUUGAAAAGGCUCACAGGUUGGAUCCUACUUCAAGCGGACGAGGUGUUCGGCAAUUCAAAACUGCUCUUCUACAACGUCUCGAAAGGGAAAACGAUCCAACAUUGAUAGGACGAGUUAAAAAAAGUGAUGCACGUGAAAUGCAAAGUUUUUAUCAGCAUUACUACAAAAAGUAUAUCCAAGCUUUGCAAAAUGCUGCUGACAAAGCUGAUCGUGCACAGCUUACAAAAGCAUACCAAACAGCCAAUGUUCUCUUUGAGGUUUUGAAAGCAGUAAACCAGACACAAUCUGUGGAAGUUGAUCGUGAGAUAUUGGAGACUCAUGAUAAAGUUGCAGAGAAGACAGAAAUAUAUGUCCCUUACAAUAUUCUACCUCUUGAUCCUGACAGUGCGAAUCAGGCUAUCAUGAAAUAUCCAGAGAUUCAAGCUGCCGUACAUGCACUUCGAAAUACCAGAGGUCUUCUUUGGCCUAAGGAUUACAAAAAGAAAAAGGAUGAAGAUGUCCUUGACUGGCUUCAAGCAAUGUUUGGUUUUCAGAAAGAUAAUGUGGCAAAUCAAAGGGAGCAUUUGAUUUUACUACUUGCAAACGUACACAUACGGCAGUUUCCAAAGCCUGAUCAACAACCGAAGUUGGAUGAGCGUGCUCUAGAUGAAGUGAUGAAGAAGCUUUUCAAGAAUUACAAGAAAUGGUGCAAGUAUUUAGAUCGCAAAAGUAGCCUGUGGCUACCUACUAUACAACAAGAAGUGCAACAGCGCAAAUUGUUGUAUAUGGGACUAUAUCUUCUUAUAUGGGGAGAAGCUGCCAAUUUGAGAUUCAUGCCAGAGUGCCUGUGCUACAUCUAUCAUCAUAUGGCUUUUGAACUUUAUGGUAUGCUUGCUGGUAAUGUAAGUCCGAUGACGGGCGAGAAUGUGAAGCCUGCUUACGGAGGAGAAGACGAGGCCUUCCUAAAAAAAGUUGUCACCCCAAUUUAUGAUGUGAUUGCUCGGGAAGCUUCAAGAAGCAAGAAAGGAAAAUCCAAGCACUCUCAGUGGAGAAAUUAUGAUGAUUUAAAUGAGUACUUUUGGUCUGUAGAUUGCUUUCGGUUGGGUUGGCCCAUGCGUGCUGAUGCUGAUUUUUUCUGCAAGCCAGUGGAUCAGUUCCAGAGUGAUUCAAAUGGAGAAACAAAACCUACUAGAGAUAGGUGGGUGGGGAAAGUAAAUUUUGUUGAGGCUCGUUCAUAUUGGCAUAUCUUUAGAAGCUUUGACAGAAUGUGGAGUUUCUUCAUCCUGAGCUUACAGGCUAUGAUCAUUAUUGCUUGGAAUGGCUCAGGACAACCUAGUGCAAUUUUUGAAGAUGAUGUUUUCAAGAAAGUACUGAGCAUCUUUAUAACUGCUGCAAUAUUGAAACUUGGACAAGCUAUCCUUGAUGUAAUUCUGAGUUGGAAAGCUAGACAGAGCAUGUCCUUCCAUGUCAAGUUAAGAUACAUUCUAAAGGUUGUGUCUGCUGCUGCUUGGGUGGUUAUCCUGCCUGUUACCUAUGCUUAUUCAUGGAAGAAUGCUCCUGGGUUUGCUCAAACAAUCAGAAGUUGGAUUGGAAGUAGCUCAAGUGCUCAUUCAUUGUUCAUCUUGGCUGUUGUUAUCUACUUAUCACCAAAUUUGCUUGCUGCCUUUCUGUUCCUUUUCCCCUUCGUUCGUCGGUUCCUUGAGAGGUCCAAUUAUAGGAUUGUGAUGCUAAUGAUGUGGUGGUCCCAGCCUCGGCUCUAUGUUGGCAGGGGAAUGCAUGAAAGUGCCUUUUCUCUCUUCAAGUAUACAUUAUUCUGGGUGCUCCUUACCAUUACAAAGUUAGCUUUCAGUUUCUAUAUCGAGAUAAAGCCUUUAGUUGGUCCAACAAGAACUAUCAUGAGUGCUCAUGUGUCAGCUUACCAGUGGCAUGAGUUUUUUCCUCAAGCUAAGAUGAAUAUUGGUGUCGUGAUUGCAAUCUGGGCUCCAGUUAUCCUUGUAUAUUUCAUGGACGCACAGAUCUGGUAUGCUAUAUUCUCCACACUGUUUGGGGGCAUAUAUGGUGCAUUCCGUCGUCUUGGAGAGAUUCGGACGUUGGGAAUGCUUAGAUCACGGUUCCAAUCGUUGCCAGGUGCUUUUAAUGCAUGCUUAAUUCCUGAGGAUAAAAGUGAGAUUGUGAAAAAGAAGGGACUGAAGGCUACAUUUUCCCGCAAAUUUGAAGUGAUCCCAUCCAGUAAAGAAAAAGAAGCUGCAAGGUUUGCUCAGUUGUGGAACAAAAUAAUAACAAGUUUCAGAGAGGAAGAUCUUAUAAGUGAUAGGGAAAUGGAUCUGCUGCUUGUACCAUAUUGGGCUGAUCGUGAUUUGGAGCUGAUACAGUGGCCCCCAUUUUUGCUUGCCAGCAAGAUUCCUAUAGCAGUGGAUAUGGCCAAAGAUAGUAAUGGAAAAGAUAGUGAACUGAAAAAACGGAUAAAGUCUGAUGAUUACAUGUAUUCUGCUGUCUGUGAGUGCUAUGCUUCUUUCCGAAACAUCAUUAAAACCUUAGUUCGUGGAAAUCGAGAAAAAGAGGUCAUUGAGUACAUCUUUUCUGAAGUUGACAAGCAUAUAUCAGAGGAUGAUCUAUUAACAGAUUACAGGCUGAGUGCUCUUCCCAGUCUUUAUGAUCUCUUUGUUAGGCUUGUAAAAUACUUGCUAGACAAUAAGCAGGAGGAUAGGGAUCAAGUAGUCAUUCUUUUCCAGGAUAUGCUUGAAGUAGUUACCCGUGAUAUAAUGAUGGAAGAUCACAUAUCCAACUUGUUAGAUUCAAUUCACGGUGGAUCAGGACAUGAAGGAAUGGUUCCUCUUGACCAACAAUAUCAAUUAUUUGCCUCCACCGGAGCCAUCAAGUUUCCAACUCCCGACUCAGAAGCUUGGAAAGAGAAGAUCAAAAGAUUAUUUUUGUUGCUGACGGUAAAGGAAUCAGCUAUGGAUGUACCAUCGAACCUGGAAGCUAGAAGACGCAUUUCCUUCUUCUCCAACUCUUUGUUUAUGGACAUGCCUUCAGCUCCUAAAAUCCGCAAUAUGCUUUCUUUCUCGGUUUUGACUCCUUAUUACACAGAGGAAGUUCUCUUCUCUUUGCCUGAGCUAGAAGUGCCAAAUGAAGAUGGUGUUUCCAUUCUCUUUUACCUGCAGAAAAUUUACCCAGGUUUGUGCUUUAGGUGUGCUUCCUUGUACGGCAUAUUUUCUCAUUCUCUACUAACCUUGCUACUAAAUCAUGCAGAUGAAUGGGACAAUUUUCUGGAGCGUGUGAAGUGUCUCAGUGAGGAAGAACUUAGAGGAUCUGAUGAAUUAGAAGAACAACUACGCCUUUGGGCAUCUUAUAGGGGUCAAACGUUAACAAGAACUGUAAGAGGAAUGAUGUACUACCGCAAAGCACUUGAGCUUCAAGCCUUCCUUGAUAUGGCCAAGGAUGAUGAUUUAAUGGAAGGAUACAAGGCUGUUGAGUUGAAUGAGGAUCAAUUAAAAGGAGAGAGGUCACUUUGGACUCAGUGUCAAGCAGUUUCAGAUAUGAAGUUCACUUAUGUUGUAUCUUGUCAGCUGUAUGGUAUUCAGAAACGAUCUGGCGAUCCUCGAGCACAGGAUAUAUUGAGACUUAUGACGACAUACCCAUCUCUUCGAGUAGCAUAUAUAGAUGAAGUUGAAGAGCCAAGUAAAGACAGGUCCAAGAAGGUGAAUGAUAAGGUGUAUUACUCCACCCUUGUGAAGGCUGCUCUGCCAAAGUCAAACUCUUCAGAGCCAGGCCAGAACCUGGACCAGGUAAUCUAUCGUAUAAAGCUUCCAGGACCUGCCAUCAUGGGGGAAGGAAAACCUGAAAAUCAGAAUCAUGCCAUCAUUUUUACACGUGGAGAAGGGUUACAGGCAAUUGAUAUGAAUCAGGAUAACUAUAUGGAAGAAGCUCUGAAAAUGAGAAACCUGCUUCAAGAAUUUCUUAAGCGACAUGAUGUGAGGCAUCCAUCAAUUCUUGGUUUGAGGGAACAUAUCUUUACUGGAAGUGUUUCCUCCCUUGCUUGGUUUAUGUCAAAUCAAGAGACAAGUUUUGUUACCAUCGGUCAGAGAUUGUUGGCCAAUCCUUUAAAGGUUCGUUUUCAUUAUGGUCAUCCAGAUGUUUUUGAUCGACUAUUUCACCUCACAAGAGGUGGAGUGAGCAAAGCCUCCAAGGUCAUCAACCUGAGUGAGGACAUAUUUGCUGGUUUCAAUUCUACCCUUCGUGAAGGAAAUGUGACCCAUCAUGAAUACAUACAAGUGGGUAAAGGAAGGGAUGUAGGACUUAACCAAAUAUCUCUGUUUGAGGCGAAGAUUGCAAAUGGAAAUGGUGAACAAACAUUAAGUCGUGAUUUAUAUAGGCUUGGCCAUCGUUUUGACUUCUUCCGAAUGUUGUCAUGCUAUUUCACCACAAUCGGUUUCUACUUCAGUACCUUGAUUACGGUGCUCACUGUGUACAUCUUCCUGUAUGGUCGCCUUUAUCUUGUUCUUAGUGGCCUUGAGAAAGGGCUCAGUAGUCUACCAGGAAUUCGACAAAAUAAGCCUCUUGAAAUCGCACUUGCCUCUCAGUCAUUUGUUCAAAUCGGUUUUCUGAUGGCUCUACCUAUGAUGAUGGAAAUUGGACUGGAGAAAGGGUUUCGAACUGCAUUAAGCGAAUUUAUACUGAUGCAAUUGCAGCUUGCACCUGUGUUUUUCACAUUUUCACUGGGAACAAAGACACAUUAUUAUGGGAGGACAUUACUUCAUGGAGGUGCAAAAUAUAGGCCAACUGGUCGUGGGUUUGUGGUGUUCCAUGCGAAAUUUGCUGAUAACUAUCGGCUAUACUCUCGUAGCCACUUUGUUAAGGGACUUGAGUUAAUGAUAUUGCUCCUUGUUUAUCAAAUCUUUGGGCAAUCCUAUAGGGGCACUGUUGCAUAUAUAUUGAUUACUGUAUCAAUGUGGUUUAUGGUUGGCACCUGGCUAUUUGCUCCCUUCCUUUUCAACCCUUCUGGUUUUGAGUGGCAAAAGAUUGUUGAUGAUUGGACUGAUUGGAACAAGUGGACUAGUAACCAAGGAGGUAUCGGUGUUCCACCUGAAAAAAGUUGGGAAUCAUGGUGGGAGGAAGAACAGGACCAUCUUCGUCAUUCAGGGAAACUGGGCAUCAUUGCUGAGAUCAUAUUGGCCUCAAGAUUUUUCAUUUAUCAAUAUGGGCUUGUUUAUCACUUGCACAUCACCAGGCAUACUAAAAGUAUUCUGGUAUAUGGCAUAUCAUGGCUAGUGAUCUUUCUGAUCCUUUUUGUCAUGAAGACAGUUUCGGUUGGGAGGAGAAAGUUCAGUGCAAAUUUCCAACUUGCUUUUCGGCUUAUCAAAGGUUUAAUUUUCGUAACGUUCAUCUCUAUCCUGGUUAUAUUGAUCGUCAUCCCUCACAUGACACCAAGAGACAUUGUAGUCUGCAUACUUGCCUUCCUGCCUACUGGUUGGGGUUUACUUCUGAUUGCACAAGCAUGCAAGCCGGUUGUUCAGAGAGCCGGAUUUUGGGGUUCGGUCCGAACACUUGCACGUGGUUAUGAGAUCUUGAUGGGACUGCUACUGUUUACACCAGUAGCAUUUCUCGCAUGGUUCCCAUUCGUGUCUGAGUUUCAAACUCGGAUGUUGUUCAACCAAGCGUUCAGUAGAGGUCUUCAAAUUUCUCGUAUUCUUGGCGGGCAUCGAAAAGACAGAUCCUCACGGAACAAGGAAUAGUUGUAGCAUCACAUCAGCAGGGACGGAUGUCUUACUAUUUAACUGUUUUUGUCAGCAUCAUUGUUGUUGUUGUUGUAACGUUGCUAACCUCGUAGGAUGUCUUAGUGAUUAAAUUACUUAAAUUUGCAGCAAUGCAGAACCAUUUCUAAAUUA